AUAAACCUUCACGCAUCCUCCAAUGGCAUAGUGAAAUCCCACCUUUCCCUUUUUAGUUUCUACCUACACACAUUCAGCCAAAAAAAAAAAAACCUAAAUUUCUACCUUCACUCGGUUUUCACUUCCGGUCCUUCCCCACUGGACUUUCUUGGAUCUUUCCGUCUGACAUUUUCCGGCGAAAGUUCUGACCCAGCCGGGGCGGGGGGAAAGGGGGAAGACGAAGACUCCUUCCAACUCCCGCCACGUGUCCGCGCCUUCCCUCUUCAUCCUCCCUUUGACUCUUCUCUCUCCCACCUGCUUUCAAAAGGGCAGUUGCACAGGCGACCCAUUUGACCGAUCGACAGACAUUUCUGCAGGAAAGAGCUCGCCGGGUUAUCGAACACCGAUCAUCGGAAUCUCCGAGUAUAUAGCUGAAAGGGUUGUGGAAGGAUUUCUGUGACUGCCCAUCAUGAACGACCUCUUCUCGGGCUCCUUCUCCCGCUUCCGGAGCGAGGACCAGUCCCCUCCGCACCACACCGUCGAGAUGUCGUCCUCCGCGGCCGGGGCGGGGGUCAACCUCGACAGGUUCUUCGAGGACGUGGAGUCCGUCAAGGACGAGCUGAAGGAGCUGGAGCGGCUCCACCAGCGGCUCCAGGCCGCCCACGAGCAGAGCAAGACCCUGCACAACUCCAGGGCCGUCAAGGAUCUGAGGGCCACCAUGGAGGCCGACGUCACCACCGCCCUCCGGAACGCUAAGAUGAUCAAGGUCCGGCUUGAGGCCCUGGAGCGGUCCAACGCCGCCAACCGGAGCCUGCCCGGGUGUGGGCCUGGGUCGUCCUCGGACCGGACGCGGACGUCGGUCGUGAACGGUCUGAGGAAGAAGCUGCAGGACUCGAUGGAGAGCUUCAACGCCCUGAGGCAGAAGAUCUCGUCGGAGUACCGAGAGACCGUGCAGCGGAGAUACUUCACCGUCACCGGCGAGAAUCCCGAUGAGAAGAUACUAGAUCGCUUGAUUUCUACUGGUGAAAGUGAGACAUUCCUGCAAAAGGCCAUCCAAGAGCAGGGCAGAGGAAGAGUGCUGGACACCAUUUAUGAGAUUCAGGAGAGGCACGACGCGGUGAAGGACAUGGAGAAGAACCUCAAGGAGCUCCACCAGGUGUUCCUGGACAUGGCCGUUUUGGUGCAGGCCCAAGGGGAGCAGCUCGACGACAUAGAGAGCCAAGUGGCAAGGGCCAAUUCAUUCGUCCGGGGAGGGACCGAGAGGCUCCAGACAGCAAGGAAGUACCAGAUCAGCUCCCGGAAAUGGACCUGCUACGCUAUCAUACUCUUGCUGGUGAUUGUGCUAUUUGUGGUGCUCUUCACUGUGCGGCCUUGGGAAAACAAUGGCAGUGGUGGCAGCAGCCCAUCUACCCCAGCAGCAACAAAUCCUCCUCCUCCUCCUCAAGCUCGACGCUGAGUUAUAUGUACCUGUUUUAUAUGUUAAUAGCCGCUACACAGAUUGCUUCGACUAGAGUUGUGAUUUUUGAGACUCUGCUGUUCUCAUUAUUUUGUUAGUUCAUUUGUUUUUUUAUCUUUGAGGUAUGAAUUUCGAUUGGAUUGGAUUUGCAGGCUUCAUGCA